GCAAACGAAAAAUAUUUUUUAUAAUUAAAAAACUGACUCCCACUAUCAAAUGGCCUCAGGAUGCGUAUGUGCUUGCCAUCGAUGGCUCCCACACAGUUUGGAAAAUUACAUCUCUCCCAGAAUUCAUCUGAUAUCUUCAACCAAUCUUCUUUUGUAGGCUUUUUGAAGACCAAUGGUUUUAGUACAUUCCAUAUAACAAGGCAUGUUUCAUGUACAAUGCCAGAUAUAGUUGAUUUUCCAACCUUAAACUCAUAGUGGAGACUUCCAAAUGAAUUUCCUGUAGCUAGGUACCUUGAACAAAUAAGAAAUAUUAAAUAAUUAUUAUCUUCUCUUUUUUACAGUGGUAUACAUCAAGAAUCGUUGGCGAAGCAUGCGUGAUGCCUUCAAGAAAUACAACAAACAUCUAAGAGAAGUGAGGAGUGGCUCGGGGGCACCAGCUAGAGUACCCUAUAUGUAUGCAGAGGACCUUGCCUUCUUGAAACCACUCAUAGAGAUGAGAGAGACCGAAGCAAGUUGGGACGAACAGGAUGUCCUGGAGGAUCAACCAGAGAGCCAAUCUGAGGCCCAAUCCGUGCCAGCAGUUUGCAUUGAUCCAAAUGAGGAAAUACCUGAAAUGCCACUUGGGUCAGAUCUAUGGGUCACAAACCCAGAGACUGACUCUGGAUUGCCUGAGCCUAUGCCUGGACCCUCCUCAGCUCCAACAACCAUUGCGCGGCCUGCCAAAGUGGCACGUAAGCGAACGCCAGUAUCGCAGAUGGACAUAAGCGAGCGUCUUCUAGAGAUGUUACAACAAAUGGCUGGAAAGGUGGAUGCUUUCUUAUGUCCAGCUACAAUACUGGCGCUUAAUUUUGUACCAUUGAUCAAAAAAGUUGUACCUGAGAGAUAUUUAGAAAUGCGAACCACAGUAGAACACGUUCUGCAGUCAUUUACAGUGCCAAGCGAGCAACAUACAUUGGAAAGGCCAUAUGUAACUAAAGAAACAACACAGAUACACUUACCAAUGUCAGGCCAGUACCCAGACCCAGGAAACCAACCUUACCCCUAUGUUCCUCCAUCCUACACUUCAAGCUUUCAGGAGCCAACUUCAAUAUAUGAGGUACAACAGAGGCGAACUCCAUAUCCCAUCCCAUCCACAUUCCCUUCAAUUAUGCCACAAACACAAAUGCAGGGGAUGUAUGUGCCACAGCACCAUGGGCCUCAGACACAUGGGCCUCAGACACAUGGGCCUCAGACACAUGGGCCUCAGACACAUGGGCCUCAGACACAUGGGCCUCAGACACAUGGGCCACAGCACCAUGUGCCACAGCACCAUGUGCCUCAGCACCAUGUGCCUCAGCAACAUGGCCCACAGCACCAUUGUGACCCAAAAGAGAAAAGGCUGACAUAG